AUGGACACAUCUGCAGUGGCGGCGGCCCCCUCGUCGUCCAACGGCCCAUCACGGGAGGAACGACGACGGAGGCCACGACGACGUGGUCAGGCUCCCAAACGGAACGACGCAGCCCCCACCUCGUCCAUCUCCGCAACAGCGCCUGUCUUUGUCCCUUCGUCGUCCCAGACCAAAGCGACACCAGAGAAUGCGACGCCAGCCAAGGGACCAAGCACUACCAACAAGAAAAAGACAAAAAAGCAGCCUGCUAAGUCUGACAAACACGAUAAACCUACCCAGGCAGCCACGGCAUCGUCGCCGCAUGUCAACAAGACGAGCGUGCCCCCCAAAAGUCGCCGAGCUACAAAAGGUCGCGGAUUCGGCGCAAAACUGUCGGAUCCCACUGUGUCUCAGACGAGUGUAUCGUCGCAUGCUCUCACAACUACCACGAUACCCGACUACUCGGACCUACGCACGCGCCUUAUAUCCGAGCUGUCCAACGAUGAGUACGAUUGUAUUAUUUGCUACAAUACGGUGAUGCGCAAGCAGCCUGUAUGGUCGUGCAGUCGAUGUCAUGCUGUAUUGCAUUUGUCCUGUGUACGUACGUGGGCUGAAAAGAGUGUUGCCCAGAUGGAGGAAAAGAAUCGUAUGCACGAAGACCCUGAGAUCCGGAAUGCACGCGGACACUGGCGAUGCCCUGGCUGCCAACAUGUUCGUGAGGCCAUCCCACGGACCCCAAACCUCACUCCAUCCCUCAUUCGUGUGGCGGCCAAUGCCGGCGUGGAUGUACAUGGCACGGUUGUGCAGCCACAGUCUGUCAUCCCGGCCCAUGCCCGCCCUGUGCAGCGACUGUGA